UUCUUCUUCGCAGAGGAAAGAGAGAGAGAGAGAGGCGUCGCCGACUGGACCAAACAGCUUCCGAAGCAGCAGAAGGCGUCGCCGACCUGAACUCUUAAGCCGACGAUGAAAGUGAGUCUCGGGUUCCAUCGUGAAUCCGCCAGCGAAACGUUUUAAUGUGCCAGUGGCCAGACCCCAUCCUUAGGACGCUCGAGAAUUCUUCAACUGGAGGCACUCUCUCUGCCUUUAGAACCGCAACUGAUCUGACAGGGCAUUUGCAGCAUUGGAUGGAGCUGGCGUUGGAGGGGGAUUCUUUAGCCACCACCAUUUGGUGGUAUAUUGAUUGUUGGAAGAGCAAUUUCAGCCCUUCUGUAUCUACAGACUCAGCAAAGGAACAAAUGUUUAUUACAGGCCUUACAGAAUUUUCCAUGGCAUCCAUUAGGGGUUGACUAUACGGUCCGGUCCGGUUAAAUUGGAUCAAAUUGAUCCGGUCCUAGUCCGGUCUUUUCGGGAAUUUAAGGACCAAAGAU